GGCGUCAUCACCGCGCGCCGCGGGCGCCUUCAGGACAUCUGGGUUAUGGUGAAGGAUUAUCAUCUACAGUGACGGGACGGGUUCCCUGUGUGGCCCUGCGUGGCUCGGCCUCAGUUUCCCACCUAUCGAGUAAAGUUCUGCACGGCGGGUCUACGAGGUCUCUCCCACGCUAAGGUAGCGGCUGCAGGUUGGCGUUUCUUGGGUGCCGGCAGCAACCGGCCCCAACACUGAGGGCAGGGCCUACGUCGGGGCCAGUGACUGUUUCCUCCUGCCAUCAAAGUGCUAAGAAAAAACAAUGCCUUUGGCCAUUCUGCUUAGUGCCUGCACGUCUGUCCGUAGCCUGCUGAGGCAUUGUGGUGUGAGAGCAGCCUUACCUACACCCCGCCACCUACACACAUCCCCUUGGAGAGCUGACUGCAGCAGGGCUUCACUCACUCGACUGCGCCGCCAAGCCUAUGCUCGCCUCUACCCUGUGCUCUUGGUCAAGCAGGACGGCUCCACUAUCCAUAUCCGAUACCGGGAGCCACGACGCAUGCUGGCGAUGCCCCUAGACCUGGAUGCCCUGUCUCCAGAAGAGCGCAGGGCCCGGUUCCGAAAACGGGAGGCUCAGCUCCAGCAGAAGAGGGAAGAAGAGCCAGAGGUAGUGGACAGUUUUGACACUGAACGAUAUAAACAGUUUUGGACCAAGACCAAGAAAUAAGUCUGUCAGGGAGUUCCACCAGGGACAUUUUGUAAGGAUGGAGGGCAUCUAUCUAUUUACCAUACGUUCUUGAAACCAUAACCACCUGUCAUUGUCUUCUUUUGCGUGGAAGCCCAGUCCUGGAACUCAUCAUUUCUGAGAAGUAUGUGCCAAGUCAAAGCCAGAUUAAAAGCUUUGCUUUAGGGCCCAUUUAGGUCAGACUUUUGGGGUUGACUCUUUGUUUGGGUUUUGAUUUUUUGAGACAUGGUCUCACCCUGGUCAGUCUAGAACUCAAUAUGUAAACCAGGCCUGACCUCCUGAGAGCUGGGAUUAAAGGUAUCUGCCAUCAUAC